AGCGGGGAAAUGAGAGCCCGGGCCACGUGACAGCGGGUGGCACUCUGGCUUUUCUAGAGCCAUCUCUAUGGUAUUCUUCCAAGCUCCCCUCCCUUGCCACCCCCAAAGGGGUGCGGCACGUGACAGGCCUGGGACUACGGCAGGUUCCCACGUGAUCCCAGGCUGCAGUAGCGUGGUUGCGGUGAGACUCAGGCUCUCCUGAAGGGCGGGCACGGAAGUAAAGGCGUCCUCAGGCGGAUUCUUACUGGCAGCGAGGUCGGGAGGAGCUACCAGGCGGUGACCGCUUUGCUUCUUGCAGCUUAGGUCCAGCUCAUUCCAUUACCUCAGCCUUUGCAUUCUGCACUGAAGGGGACCAAGUUACCUCCCGGUCUUGAGACCUUGGGGAGUGAGGACCAAUUCCUUAUCCAUCUUGCCCUCCCUUCUCCUCCAUCUCUUCCUUUGCAUGCACCGAAUCGCUGGCUCCUUUUGGCUGGCCUGCUUGGCUGUGCCUUGAGACUAAGUUGGGUCCUUAAAGGUAACUGUGGGAAAAGCGGCCCCCCAGUGGACAAAGGAGGAGGCAGGGAUAGAGGAGGCCGCAGGCACUGGGCAAAGAUAGGCAGUAAGGGAGGUGAGCAAGAAGCAAAGAGUACUGCGGAUCUAGAAGGAACUGUGAAGAACUUGUUGCGCGAUGGAAGAAUCUGACUCCGAGAAAAAGACGGAGAAUGAGAAUCUGGGCCCAGAAGUGGAACCUCCACUAGGGGAACCGGAAGGAUCGCUUGGGUGGGCAAUGCCAAAUGCAGCAAUGAAGAAAAAGGUGCUGUUGAUGGGUAAAAGUGGAUCUGGUAAGACCAGCAUGAGGUCUAUUAUCUUUGCAAAUUAUAUUGCCAGAGACACACGUCGCCUUGGUGCAACAAUACUAGACCGUAUACAUAGUCUUCAAAUUAAUAGCAGUUUGAGCACCUACUCUCUCGUAGACUCUGUUGGAAAUACAAAGACAUUUGAUGUAGAACAUUCUCAUGUUCGAUUUCUGGGAAACUUGGUUUUGAACCUGUGGGACUGUGGUGGACAAGAGACCUUCAUGGAAAAUUAUUUCACUAGCCAGCGUGACAACAUCUUUCGAAAUGUGGAGGUUCUGAUUUAUGUCUUUGAUGUGGAGAGCCGUGAACUAGAAAAGGACAUGCACUAUUAUCAGUCGUGCCUCGAGGCUAUUCUGCAGAAUUCUCCAGAAGCCAAAAUCUUUUGCUUGGUACACAAAAUGGAUUUGGUACAGGAGGAUCAGCGAGACUUGAUUUUUAAAGAACGAGAAGAAGACUUAAGGCGUUUAUCACGUCCAUUAGAAUGUUCUUGUUUCCGAACUUCUAUUUGGGAUGAAACUCUGUAUAAGGCUUGGUCCAGCAUUGUUUAUCAGCUGAUUCCCAAUGUUCAGCAACUGGAAAUGAACCUGCGGAAUUUUGCUGAAAUUAUUGAGGCUGAUGAAGUACUUCUGUUUGAGAGAGCUACUUUUUUGGUGAUUUCUCAUUAUCAGUGUAAAGAACAACGUGAUGCCCACAGAUUUGAGAAAAUCAGCAACAUUAUUAAACAGUUCAAGUUGAGCUGUAGCAAGCUGGCUGCCUCUUUGCAGAGCAUGGAAGUGAGAAACUCUAACUUUGCUGCCUUCAUUGACAUAUUUACAUCUAACACUUAUGUCAUGGUUGUGAUGUCUGAUCCAUCCAUUCCUUCUGCAGCUACUCUGAUCAACAUCCGCAAUGCCAGAAAACACUUUGAAAAGCUGGAGAGAGUGGAUGGACCAAAACAGUGUCUUCUCAUGCGCUAAACAUUGCAGAAUAUUGUUUCACACAAAAAAUUGAAACACUGUUUCUUAAUUUUAUUGUUGUAGUCAUAUAUGUAGGCUCUGAAAUAAUGUGAUCUUACCACUUCUGUCUUUCUUCUCUGCUCCCCAGUCCUAAUGUUUAACUUUGAAUGCUAUUUAUUGAAAUAGCUUGAGAAGUUAGGAAAUGAGGUGUUCAUGAAUUUGGUGUAAUGUAUACGUAGGUGAUAUAUGUUAACUGUUCUGAUAACAUUACUCUAAUGAUGUUUUAAGUGCUCUGAUAACCUGCUUCUAAUAGUUGUGUAUGUCAAAGUCCUUCCCAGCACUCUCUUGUAUUCAUUAUCAAAUAUAUACAUGUAAGUUUGAAGUAUUACUGUUUUCUCAGCAUGAAUUAAAAAUAUUCCGUAACUCAACCAGACAAGAUGGCUCAUGCCUGUAGUCCUAGCAUUUGGGAAGCAGAGGCAAGAGGAUUACUGCAAGUUUGAGGUCAGCCUGUCUGCAUAGGGAGGUCCAGGCCAGCCAGAGAUAUAUGUUAAGAUCUUGUCUCAAAAAAAAAAAAAUAUAUAUAUAUGUAUAUCCAGAUAUACAUAUAUAUAUAUAUAUAUAUUCCUAAACUUCAAUUUUAAAUAAACUUGUGCUGUUAGGGAUUUCAGUGUCUGUGUUUCUUUUUCUUAUAUCUUAACUUUGCACUAAGAAUAAGUUUCACUUAUUCUAAUAGAGUAUAAUUUGCUUAUUAGGGAAAAGUAUAAAAUAAAGUUUAUUAAAGAAUGGAGCCAGAUUUUAGCCUCAAGUUCCAGGGAAGACUUUAAAUGUCUGAUAUCUAUGAUAUCUGAAUUUUACAUUAAAAAAAGAAAAACACAAGAAUCCACUGAACAAGAUAAAUAUGUCAAUUCAGUGUUUAAAAAUUAAUUUAUCUAUAGUGCAUGGACUGACUGCAGUUGGAGAAGGUAGAUCAGUAAUCCGGGCCUAAUCCAGGCCUGAUCUGGAUUGAAAAUCUCCAGUGCUGGUGAGAUGGCUCAGUGGUAAAAGCCCUCACCACCAGGCCAGACAAGCAAAGGUUGAUUUCCAAAAACUAUAUGGUGGAAUGUGAAGACUGUUUUCUACAGGUUGUCCUGUGAUCUUUACACAUGUGCUCACAUAUAUAAGCAUAUACACAGAGAGACACACUGAAUAAAUGAAAUGUUAAAAGAUUAAAAGUAGUCUACGAAGCAACUAGAGAAUGAAUGAAUAAAAUCUGGAUGGAAAGUAAGAUUUAUGAAACUAACAAUUUUGAGGUCCAGCAGCGGUUACUAUUUUAUUUAUAUAUUCCGUAACCCCAAGUGUCAUGGACCAUAAAACAUUAAUUAGAAUUGCUGUAGCCUCUAACGUUUUUGGUUUUCACUGAUAUGAUGACAGAACACAUAGCAUAGGCACAUGCUUAGGGAAUGCAUAAACCCCAUAGACUUAGCUCAUUGUUCCUGUUCUUCAUGCUAUAAAAUGUCUUCCAGUGUUCGGUGUGAUGAUGUAAGCCUUUAGGUUACGUAAAAAGAUAUUGACUCAGAAAAAAAUAAGAAAUAAUGUAAGAAAAAAAGAGAUAGAAAUAUCUUCUAGCAUCAUUUUCCUCUAUCUAGGUUUAUUUUUUCCAGUUGAGAAAUAAUUAGUUUUUAUUAAGUUGAACAUAACAUGUUUUUAAGUAGCAUGUUUUAUGUUACGUAGACUCAAAAGAACUUUAUGAGAGUAAUUUUAGAAGCUUUAUUAAUGCAUAGAAUAAAUCUUUUUCAUGUAGAUAUUCCAGACUCUCUUUCCCAUUAAUAUGUAGGAAAAUGAAAAGACCAAAUGGUCUGUUCUGUGCCUGUUGUGAAUCAUGAUAUGACCUGUUCUCAUCUUUAGUGUUUAGGAUGGAAUUUUGAAGGAAUAUUUGAAAGCUUUCUUUAAAUAGGUAGAUAGACAAUCAAAGCAUGCAUAUGGAAAUGUGGAUAAAAAUAAAAUGUAGAGAUGUGAAAAUGA